CUGCACGUUCUCGAGAUGAUUGACAGGCGAUUUCGGUAUCUAAAAGGUGAUUGGCUCUUUUACCUCUUAAGUGGGGACUUCCUUUAUACAUCCAUUGGGCGCUAGAGCCUCUUGGUUUGGCCUUCCAAUUUCUCCCAUUCAUUUAAAUACAAGUGGCACAUUUCACCUAAAUAAAUAGUCUCUGGUAACGGUCAACUAGCGUGUUACGACAGUAAGUCACCGUUUGCGGAUACCAUACCAAUGAAUGGGGAGACCCGUAAACUGACACCUACCUGGCGCAAAAUCGUCCGUGUCUUCUCAUAUAAAACAUCAAUUUUAUCGUAGUAAACUUCUGACAAAGUUCAUUCCUAAAGGUUUUUUUUUUCUGUAAAACGUGUUGAAGAUUAGUGGACAGGCGGUCGUUUCAUUAAGUAAUGAGCUGUUUCCUCACAAAAGCAGUUUAUUUAGCGUAUUGAAGCAUCUCCUCCAUAGGCAACCACUCAAAAGAACGGCGUCUUAUCUCCUCUCUAGUGUACCGCCCAUAAAAUGUCAGGCUAGGCUUGUAGGCUCACACUUCAGACGGGCUCUGGCUAAACCAUUAGCAGCCGUUUUAUCUUUAUUGAAUCUUUUCGUCAAAAAUCACUAGAUGUAAAAAUGGAGCCAGCAUGUCGAAAGGACAAACAGAAGCAGCAAACACCGACCCGUGGCGACAGAACAAAACAGAAAUCAGCUCAACAAGAGCUCAAACAGAGGCAGAGAGCAGAGAUUUACGCCCUGAACAAAGUCAUGACUGGACUUGAACAGCAGCAGUUUGAGGCCUUCUGUAAGCAGAUACAAACACAAGGGGAAUGAGAAAAACUGGAGGGUCGCUCGCCAUCAGCGAGAGCAAACAUAUGCACAAAUAUUAUGAUGUUACUCUACUUAUUUUUUUUUAUUUGAUAUUAAUAUAAACCACAUAAUAAUCACUCUUCAGCCCCUGUUAUCCAAACCACAAUGUAUUAAUUCGAUAGUGUUUUGUUGUAUUGGUGCUAAGUGCUUGAAUUCUGAAGGAGUGUAUGAUCACAUAUCAAAUGUUGGACUGUAUUUACAUAACUUACAAAGCUGUAAUGGCACCACAAACCCACUCUUGUAGCAAAGAAAAAAAAAACAUUAAGAGUUUGUUUGUCAAUUAUACAUAAUAUAGGCAUGUUAAGUAUUAUGUUUGUGACUAUAUAACAUUACAUUUACAACAUAUUGACUGAAGGAUAAAAAAUAAAAUAGUCACUUUUUUUUCUUUUAGCAUAAAUUUUAAUUUUGUCCAUAUGUGACACUCUGAUAAUGACUUAUGUUCCUUUGUCCACUACACGUUUUUGUAGAGUGUUUGGGUUUUAUUUAAAAAUGACAUUUUUAAGUAUUAUUAAGAAUAGUUGUCUAUUUGGCUUUUUGUUUUUCAAAAUUCAUGUGUGUAAUGAAAUGAAUUUCAUCAUUAUCAUUCAAUGAGUUUCUAGCUAAUACAGCAUUGCACCAUUAUACACAGAUCAGCCACAACAUUAGGGCUGCAACUAACGAUUAUUUUGAUAAUCGAUUAAUCUAACGAUUAUUAGAACGAUUAUUCUGCAAUUAUUGCAACGAUUAAUCAUUAGCUUAACCGGUUAUUCAGCUUGUGCCCCGACUUAAAAGGUUGUAUUAAGCGUGCUUACUAACAAUAAAGAGGACAAAAUCAUCUUUUAAAAAUACCUUUAAAUGGCAUUCACUGAAUUAAAAUGAAAAAAAUACUUUUUAUGAAGUUUAAUUCAGUAACAAAUUCACAGUAAAAAAUCCAACUGUUA